UUGACUUGUGAUUAAAAUAUGAGCUACAUCUCUCCUAAAUUUAUGUUAUGCAGGGUCAACAAUAAUCACAGAGUAGAACUAGACUUUUACCCCAUGAAAUGAUAUAAACCAAUCAUCUACCAAAAGGGUUCUGUUAAAGAAAACACAGACAAAAAUAAUUAGCAGUAUUGUCACCAAUUAUAUAUAAUGGGUCAUCUUUGAUAAAUUAUAGAGAUGAAGGAUUGGCCAGUUAGAAUUUAAGAGAUGUUAAGAUUUAAAACAUGAAUAUUAUCCAAGUUGAGUACAUUCGGUCAUGUAAUUAUAAAUGAUAAAAAAAUUACAAAUGAAAUGACAGAUGGGGGAAAUAGCAUGCUAAAUGAGGUAGUGAAGAGCAAAAUAGGCGUCGUCUUGACCGGUUCUCCUUCUUCUUCAACUUAGGUCCUAACAGAACAUUCUUUUCUCAAUUUCCCAUCUUCUCUGCAUUGUUUUCCAGAUUGGAAAAGGAGAGGAAACUAUUGUACAUACAAAAAAAAAAAAAACAAAAAAAAAAAAACAAAAGGGACAUGCAUGCAUGCAUAACGUGAAACCUAAGACAGUGUAACAUUAAAAUGUGGGUGUUCUACAUGUUCUCAUUGCCCGUGGCAAUUGGCAUGGUCAUUGUUACUUUGAAUUAUUUCUCUGGGCCUGAUGUACCCAAAUAUGUGUUCUUCACCGUUGCAUACACCUGGUUCUGCUCUGUCUCCAUCGUCAUCCUCGUCCCUGCAGACAUUUGGACGGCACUGAAUAAUUAUGAGAGUGGAGCAAUUUCCUUCUUAUGGAGUUUGUCAUAUUGGAGUACCUUCUUACUUACAUGGGCUGUGGUUCCCACUAUUCAGGGUUAUGAAGAUGCUGGAGACUUCACAGUGAAAGAAAGAUUGAGGACCAGCUUACACGGCAACCUUGUUUUCUAUCUGUCUGUCGGUUCUGUUGCACUAUUUGGAGUCAUCUUACUGAUUUCUUUACACAAAAAUUAUUGGAGUGGUAAUAUUUCGGGUUUUGCCAUGGCUUGCUCCAAUACGUUUGGACUGGUUACCGGUGCAUUUCUACUUGGUUUUGGUUUGAGUGAAAUUCCAAAGGGCAUCUGGUUGAAUGCAGAUUGGAACAUUGAGCAAAAAGUUCUCUCACAUAAAGUUGCAAAAAUGGCAGUCAAAUUAGAUGAUGCUCAUCGUAAUUUUUCAAAUGCUAUUGUUAUCACACAGGCAACAUCAAAGCAAAUGUCCAAGCGGGAUUCUUUGAGACCAUACAUGAAUAUAAUUGACAGAAUGUUGCUUCAGAUGUUGAAGGAAGACCCCUCCUUCAAACCACAGGGUGGAAGACUCGGAGAAAGUGACAUGGAUUAUGACAGCGAUGAAAAAUCUAUGGCAUCACUGAGACGUCGUCUUAAGAGAGCUCGUGAGCAGUACUACCGAUAUAGAAGUGAAUACACAAAAUUUGUCUUAGAAGCCCUUGAGCUGGAGGAUACCAUAAAGAAUUAUGAGCGUCGUGAUACUACAGGAUGGAAAUAUACUUCAUGCUUUAGGCCUGAACGCAUAGGCAAAGUAGGUGCAUUUUUGGAAACAUGUGAGUUUCUAUGGAAAUGCAUAUUAUGGAAACAUGUUGAGAAAUCAUUGGCUGUUGUAUUGGGCGUGAUGUCCUUUGCAAUUCUAUUAGCUGAGGCUACCAUACUAACCAGUGGAGUUGAUUUAUCCCUUUUCUCUAUCCUAGUACACGCUGCUGGACAGCAAGAAGUGCUUGUGCAGUUAGCUGCUUUCAUCCCCUUGAUGUAUAUGUGUAUUUGUACAUAUUAUUCCUUGUUUAAAAUGGGAACGAUGAUGUUUUACUCACUCACUCCAAAACAAACAAGCUCAGUAAGCUUGCUUAUGAUAUGCUCGAUGAUUGCUAGAUAUGCUCCACCCAUCUCCUACAACUUUCUCAAUCUCAUAAAUAUUGGAGGGAAUAGAAAAACCGUUUUUGAGAAAAAAAUGGGAAGAAUCAAUGACGCCGUUCCCUUUUUCGGGAAAGGAUUCAACAAAAUUUACCCCUUAAUUAUGGUUAUA